CGUUUUCUACAACGGGUCAGCCGCUUAGUGCGCCAUAAUCAUCGAACGGCGGUGGCGCUGGUGCGCCGCACCGCGUGCCGCCCUCCACCCGAUCACCCAACAGCGACGGGAAAACAAAUGAGCAGUCUGUGCAAGCUGUUCUCGUCGACGAAUCCGGCGCCUUCUCGGCUGUUGUUGUAUCGCUUGAAGUCCUCGAACACCACCCGCGCAAAGAGCAAGUCUCCAGCUCGCAAGACGUCGACCCGCUCGAAAGGACCCACCCCUGCUUCCGUGUACCAGACGAUCUCCCAGCUCGUCGAGGCCGAAGAGAAACCCGCCGUUGAUCACGCUUCCACUCAGGUUUUGCUCGCUAAAGAUGGCAGCUUUGCUCGUCCAGUUAGUUCCUUUGAUGGUAGCCCAGAUGCUUGCCGAAUUGCCCAAGAGAGCACGAGUACACCCCGUGCUGGAGAAACGGUGUUCAGAGCAGGUGAUUCAGAACGAAACCCACUUCAAAAUUCCAACUUGGAAGACGUCAGCCCGAUCGUUCACGAGAUCACGAACAUUGUGCGCUCAGAGAAAUCUCAGCUUCGCAUGGAACGGCGCUUGGAGGAGUUGGAUUCGGUUUUGAGUUCGGAUGUGGUAGAGAAGGUGUUGAAGAGGUGCUUCAAGGUCGGCCAUUUGGCCCUUCGAUUCUUCAACUGGGUCAAGGAGCGGCCAAACUUUUGCCACACGACAGAGGCCUACAAUGUGAUGAUAUACAUAGCCGGCGAGGCUAAGGAUUUCGAUUUGAUGGAGAAGUUGGUGGAUGAAAUGGAUGAGGAGCCGUGUCCCAGGGAUGUCAAGACAUGGACUAUUAUCAUCUCCAAGUAUGGAAAAGCAAAGCAGAUCGGCAAAGCUAUGCGCACAUUUGAGGCAAUGAAGAAAUCUGGUUGUGAAGUAGACAUCGGAGUCUAUGAAAUAAUGUUUCGUGCUUUAUGUUGUGCGAAUAAACCAGAGCUUGCCAUGGAGUUUUACAGAGAAAUGACUUCUAAGAACAUGGCGGUCAAGCGAAACUUAUAUGAAAUGCUUAUGGAUUGUCUAGCGAUAUCAGGUGAUGCAGCAGCUGUUAGGUCGGUCGGACUUGAUAUGAUGAAGAAUGCACAGGUCUCAGAAAGUGAGGUUUACACUCGCAUCUUGAGGAGUUUUUGUAUUUCUAGGAAAACUGAAGAAGCACAACAUCUGUUCGAGGAGAUCAAGAAGAAAAACCUCCUUGUUGAUUCUGACACCUAUGACAUCUUAGUGAAAGGAUUUUGCAGGGCAGGCAAGAUGGAUAAAUCUGUAGACAUUGUGAAGGGCUUGAGGCAAAAUUCAGGUGUCGACAGUAAGUUGUAUGGUUGUUUGAUUAGUGGUUUCCUUAAAAAAGGUGAUAUAGAAAAGGCCUUAAAGUUGUUGCAAGAAAUGAGAGAAUCUGGGUGCCAGCCAAUGGUUUCUACUUAUACUGAGAUGAUCCAACGGCUAUUUAGAUCAGAUGGAUAUCAAAAGGCAUGUGAACUUUCUGAGGAGAUGUUGAGAAAUGGUAUCAAGCCGGAUAUUGUAGCAAUCACAGCCAUGGUUGCUGGUUAUGUCCAAAACAACAAAAUUUCUGAAGCUUGGAAGGUUUUUGAAACCACGAAGCAGAACGGGAUGAGGCCUACUAGAAAAGCUUAUACUGUGUUCAUCAAUGAACUUUGUAAGGUUUCCAAACCCCUAGAGGCUCUUAAGCUUUUGGAAGAAAUGAUCAAUUCCAUGAUAAAUCCAAAAGAUGGAGUAUUCCAUCUGGUCAUUUCUUCUCUAACCAAAAUUGGAGAGUUGGAGAAAGCUAGAAACGUGGAGAAGAUAUGCAGAUCAUCCAGACUAUAUUGCCUAGAAGAGGAACCAGCUUGUCAAUCAUCUUGCCAUCAGUUUCUUGAUCAUGAGCAUGAGGUAUCAAGUUUCUCACCAAAGCAGGAUGAGCAGGACAUGAAAUCUGUUAAAACAACAACUUUUAGCAAUGCUGAUCUCAAGGAAGUGCACAGAAUUAUAUCCUCAUAUACCGAAUGGUGCUCAAUUCAGGAAGUUUUAGAGAGCAGCGCCAUUUGCUUUACACCAGAACUAGUGGAGGCCGUCCUCCGUAGUAGUCAGAGACAAAGCCGUGCAGCUUUGCAAUUAUUUUCAUGGAUCGGAAGGAAAACUGGUUAUACUCACACAGCGGAAGCCUAUAAUAUGGCCAUCAAACUUGCAGGAAGUGCCAAAGAUUUCAAGCACAUGAGACAUCUUUUUCGGGAAAUGAGGAGAAGCGAUUUAGCAAUAACUCCAAAUACCUGGACAAUUAUGAUAGCUCAGUAUGGUCAAGCAGGUCUAACUCAAAUGGCUUUAGAUGCUUUUAAAGAGAUGAAGAAAGAUGGCUAUGAGCCAUAUGGUAGUACUUAUAAAUAUCUUAUUGUGUUUCUGUGUGGCAAGAAAGGUCGAAAGACAGACGAAGCAAUCAAAAUAUUCCAAGAAAUGAUCCGUGCAGGACACAUGCCAGACAAAGAAAUGCUUGAUAUUUAUCUUUCUUGUUUGUGUGAAUCCAAGCAAUUAGUUGAUGCUCAAAGAUCUCUUAAAAAUCUAUGUCGUAGAGGGUUCACAGCACAGGUUGGUUACUCCUUGCUAGUUAAGUCUCUCUGCAGAGCAGGCAGAAUAGAAGAGGCUCUGAAGGCAGCAGAUGAUAUGGAGCUUCUUGGAUGCACCAGAGAUCAGUAUGUCUAUGGAAGUAUUGUCCAUGCACUUCUCAGAGAGGGUCGUUUGGAUGAGGCCUUAGAUAAGGUUGAGACAAUGAAGAGGGCAGGGAUUUCACAAACCACUCAUAUACAUACAUCUUUGAUUGUUCAUUUCUGUAAAGAGAAAAAGAUUGCCGAGGCAAUGAAAAUAUUUAAGAAGAUGAAGGAUGAUGGUUGUGAGGCAACCGUAGUUACAUAUUCGGCACUCAUUCGUGGAUUUAUGAACAUGGGGAUGGUUACGGAUGCAUGGAAUAUUUUUCGCAGAAUGAAACUCAAAGGCCCAUAUCCUGAUUUUGUGACCUACUCAAUGUUCAUGGCCUGUCUGUGCAAAUCAGGAAGGUCCGAAGAUGCACUGCAACUUAUCCACGAAAUGUUGGAAAGUGGUAUCAUUCCUAGCGCCAUUAACUUCCGAGAAGUCUUCCAUGGCCUGAACAGAGAAGGUAAGCAACAUUUAGCUCGUAAUGUACUCGAAACAAAAUGGCGUCUAAAACGAGAAAGGAUGAUUUCGCUAUAAGUUAAUUUCUCUAUAUUGUUGCUGAAUUUUCAAUUAUAGCACUCAUCUUUAGCAUGCCAACCCUCCAUACGAAAAGCUCUAUACCGAUUAAGCUGA